AUGGAGAUGCUGUUUCCUCCAUCUUUCUUCACGGUGAUGAUGCAUUUGACCAUUCAUUUGACUGAAGAAAUAAAGCUUGGUGGUCCUGUCCAAUUUCGUUGGAUGUAUCCAGUGGAAAGGAUCCUAGGACGGUUCAAAUCAUAUGUCAUAAAUCAUGCACAACCUGAAGGAUCAAUAUGUCAACAAUAUAUGGCUGAUGAGUGUCUGACAUUUUGCUCAAUGUAUCUUGAUGGGAUAGAGACAUGCUUCAACCAAAUUGGAAGAGUAAAUGAUCUUCCAAUGUCUUCACAUAAUUUCAGAGAAAGCUCAAAAAAUCCGAUAGUCUUUCCAUCCCUAGGGAGAUGUAAUGGUGCUAGUCAAUAUGCAACACUAAGUCUCAUGGAGAAACAACUAGCACAUCGUUAUAUCUUGAUUAGCUGCCCAUUUCUUGAUGAAUUACGACAGAAGUAUAAAGAUGAGUUAAGAAGAACUCAUACUCGUGGUAGGAGAAGACAUUAUACCUUAGAUGUAGAUAGAAAAGUCCAUCUUCGUUUUGACAAGUGGCUUAGAGAGAAAGUAGAAAAGGAUGAGAUUGAUGGUAUUAGUGAGGAUAUCCGACUUCUUGCUAAAGGUCCUUCUGACAAAGUUUUGAAGUUCUCAUCAUAUAGCGUGAAUGGAUAUAAGUAUAGAACUCUAGAAAGGGAUUCUGAUUUGAAAACUCAGAAUUGUGGAGUUUAUAUUUCUGCCGAGACCAUGAGCUAUGCAUCUUCUCGUGAUAAUAAUCCAAUGGCUGGUAAUGUUCCCUACUAUGGUAAGUUGGUGGACAUUAUUCAACUUAAUUAUUACGAGAAGUUCAGAGUAGUGUUAUUCAAGUGCACAUGGGCAGAUACAGGUGAUAGUCGUGGAUACAGAAGAGAUGGUCUUGGUAAUAAUUUGGUGAAUUUUUCACGUAUUAUACAUAGUGGUGAAAGUGAGGAAGAUGAACCAUUCAUAUUAGCCUCUCAAGCAAGAAUGGUAUACUAUGUUGAAGAUCCAAGUGAGUAUGGCUGGAAUGUAGGAUUUCAUGUUCAACCUAGAGAUUUAUACGAUAUGGGAGCUUGUGGUUUGUUUCCUGAAGAAGAAUUAGUUGAUGAAAUGUGA